AUGGUUGACCGAUUGACCACUGUUGACCGCCGACCAUUGACCACUGUUGACCGCCGACCGCCGCCGCCGACCGCCGUUGACCGCCGGUCCGACGCCGUUGACCGCCGGUCCGACGCCGUUGACCGCCGGUCCGACGCCGUUGACCGCCGGUCCGACGCCGUUGACCGCCGGUCCGACGCCGUUGACCGCCGGUCCGACGCCGUUGACCGCCGGUCCGACGCCGUUGACCGCCGGUCCGACGCCGUUGACCGCCGGUCCGACGCCGUUGACCGCCGGUCCGACGCCGUUGACCGCCGGUCCGACGCCGUUGACCGCCGGUCCGACGCCGUUGACCGCCGGUCCGACGCCGUUGACCGCCAGUCCGACGCCGUUGACCGCCAGUCCGACCACCAUCCCCUGAUCGGUUAG